UUGCUUACACAUUAAGUAAAAGUAUCUGAUUCUUUGCUUAGCUCAAGCUAAAAUGUCAAAUUCAGAUUAAAAUGAAUUCUUCAAAUUCAUUUGAAUUUUUUUCCAUAUGAACUCAAAUGCGAAAACCCAAUUUCAUAAUCACCAUCUUAUUAUCCAUAGCAAUCUCGAUUCUCUUCUUCAACAAUCUCUCUGUUGAGUCAAACCUCAGUAUUGAACCCAUGGCCACUAUUCCCGGCGGAGUUCGCCCUUCCGGCGGAUCUCAGAACAGCGCGGAGGUCGAAAACCUCGGUCUCUUCGCCGUCGACGAGCACAACAAGAAAGAGAACGGUGCGGUUGAGUUUGUGAGGGUGGUGAAAGCGGCCGAGCAAGUAGUGGCUGGGACGCUUCACCGUUUGACGGUGGAGGCCAUUGAUGGCGGCAGAAAGAAGCUUUAUGAGGCCAAAGUGUGGGUUAAGCCAUGGAUGAACUUCAAGGAAUUGCAGGAGUUCAAACAUGCCGGUGCUGCUGACGACGAUUCGCCUUCUUUUACCGUUUCGGAUCUUGGGCUCAAGCAAGAUGGUCAUGGCUCUGGAUUGCAAUCUGUGCCAACACAUGAUCCUGUUGUUCAAGAUGCUGCAAACCAUGCUCUCAAGACCAUUCAGCAGAGAUCAAAUUCCCUCAUGCCCUAUGAACUCAAAGAAAUCGUUCUUGCCAAUGCGGAGGUGGUGGAAGAUUUAGCAAAACUCGAAAUGCUUCUCAAGGUGAAGAGAGGAGACAAGGAAGAGAAGUUCAAGGAGGUGCACCAUAAGAGUGAAGGAACUUUCCAUCUCAACAGCAUGGAACCAGAUCUCUCUUGAAGCUAAUGAUACAUAGUUUAUGCUACACGUACGCGUGUAUGUGCCUGAUAUGAAUGUGUUCGAUUUUCGGGAUCAUGUACUUGUCAUUAUGUAGAUAUACAUAGUGUUUCAAUAUUUAUACUUAAAGAAAAUAAGAACUAAAGUUUGGUGCCA